CGGGUUUCGGUGCCGGACAGAUUCCGUUGACAUUGCUGGAGGAGGAGGAGGGUUGGGGACAGUGUUACCAAACCUAAAAGCUUUUAUUGUCUAGGGGAGCCGCAUUUUAGUGGCAACCCGCUCCUUAGCUGUAGUGUGGGGACAUCUGGGAGUCAUGUAUCGGCGGCCGCUGCAGUCUGCCGUCAGAAACAUUCUGAAUGUGACCGCGAACAGAGCUGCCUACGGAAAGGUGUUAGAGGAAGCCAGUUUUGCCAGAGCUUUAGCAGCUUACCCACUGGCCACAGUCUCCUCUAACUGUCUGACACCAUGCCGGACACUGCACAGCAGCCCACAGCUGAGUCAUGUGAAGCAGACGCCUCAGCACACGGAGGAGGAAGUCGGGGCUUUCACUAAGCUCAUUGAGGCGAUGGGCUUCACUGGACCCCUCAAAUACAACAAAUGGAAAAUCAAGCUUGCUGCCCUGCGGAUGUACACAUGCUGUGUAGAGAGAAUCAACUAUGACGAGUUCUUCGAAAAAUGCUCCCUCCCUGACACACUUAACUCCUGGUUCCUGGUCGCCCAGCUGCAUGUAUGGAUGUGUUUGGUGCGGAUGCGUCAAGAGGGCAGAGAAGGAAAGUACAUGUGCCGUUACGUUGUUCACUCCAUGUGGGAGGAUGUGGACCAGAGGAGCAAAAUCAUGGGGAUUGAAGCCAUCGACAGGAAGGAAGCGACGAAAGUCAUGACGGAGACGUUCUACGCAGCGAUAUUUGGAUAUGACGAGGGAAUUGUGUCAGAUGACAGUAUUCUGGCUGCAGCUCUGUGGAGAAACCUGUUCAACUACCAGUGUGAGGACCCCAAACAGCUGGAGUUAAUGGUGGAAUAUGUACGCAAACAGAUGCAGUUCAUCGACGCUCUGGAUGGAGACGACCUUCUGCUGACAGGAGAGGUGAAGUGGCGUCCUCUGGUGGAGGCCAACGCACAGAGCAUCCUGAAGGUGGCCACGCCCACCUACAACGACACCGGACUGUGAGACCGGACAGGCCACGCCCCCUCCCAUCCACGGGCCACGCCCCCUCCUGUCCACGCUCCUCCUCCUGCUCCGCCCUCCUCCUCUAACCUGUACUCAGUUUGUUCUGACCGGAGCAGGGCUUUACUUCUGUCUUUUCUUCUCUUCCACCCCUUUUUCUUCCUGUAUACCUCCAAAACAGCUGCUGCUCCUUCUUCGUCUUCUUCUCCUCUUCCUCCUCCUCCUCUUCCUCCCUCUCUUUUCCUAAGCUGUUGGUGCAGUCUCAGUUAAACACAGGAUAAAACAGUCAGGGAUGUUUUUUCAGAUCCAGUUUUCUCUCCUUUAUCCAAACUCCCGCUCAUCUACAAAGUCAAACCACAUCAGCUGGAGACUUCACUGGUCCAAAAACAAGUAGGAAAUGCCAUACACCAUGUCCACCAUGAUCUUCCUCCUGUUGGGUCUGAGAGCUUCUGCUGCGAAAAAACCAUUGAACUGUGUGUAGAGGAAAACCAGCAGAAGAAAACAGCGUGGAGCCUGUGUAUUUAUAUUCAUCUGUUUUCCCCUGAACUUCCAGACUGUAUUUAUGAAGCCUGUGUUCCUGCUCAUGUUUACACUCUGUUUCCUCACACUCUUCACUGCGCAUUGAAGAGUUUCAGCUCAAAACAUGUGACAGCUUCAAGUUAACGGGUUCCAGGAAAUAGUCAGUACCUCCUCUAGAUGAACUCUGCUCUGUAUCUGUGUGUGUGUGUGUGUGUGUGUGUGUGUGUGUGUAUCGCCACCAUUCGUCUGGAUCUUCUGUUCGUUUUUUCCCAUGAUGCUCUCAGACCCAAACAGGAAGUUCAGUUUUGUACAGACCUGGAUGUCAUCACUGUCAGAAAAUAAAGAGACUUUUCUGUUUUUAAAAGGUCCAAUAAAAUGUUCUCUGGAUGUGUAC